UCUCAUUUGCAACCACUAUUUCUGCUAUUAUUAUAUUAUGACUAAACUAACGCUUGAGGAACAGUUGGCCCAGGACUUCCAUGCCAACCCCGACCAGUCCCUGCCCUCAUGGGACGUUGAGAUGUACGUCAGCUGCGGUGUCUUGCGACACAAUAGCCGCCAUUCCUAUCCAGUGACGACCGAAGAGGAGACCGAGGCCAUUGACUUCGGUGCUAUACAUGACAGCUUCAACAACGCCAGCCUCGUUGAGACGACUAUCACCAAGGAUCAAGGCACAGCCAAGCCUUUAUUCAUUGAUGUAUCGGCUGUUACCAUUGACGAAACCCAACUGAAGGGCAUAGGGGUUGGCGAGGACCCGCUACUCGCGCUAAUUGCCAGGGACAAGGGCUCUGGGCGACAGCUGCCGUACGAGCUGAUGGUCCCAUGGACUGCGGCGGAUGCUAAUGACCUCUCCACGAGAUGCAGAGUCGCUGAUAUCGCCCAUGCCACUCCACAGCAAACGAACAAUCCUGGCUCGCAUCGCAUUCUGGUGCAUGCAAUCUCUGCAGCUGUUAACCAGCGGGCUUUUUCUCUUGACUACCGCCUGGCACCACGGCAUCCAUUCCCGGCACAGCUCCACGAUGCAUACAUUGCGUUCCUGUAUCUGCUCAACCAGGGGUUCAACGCAGAAAACAUCGUGCUGGCUGGGGAUAGUGCCGGUGGCCACCUCUGCGUAUCGCUAGCCCUCUUGCUGCGCCAUGCUGGUUGUCUGAAGCCCCGCGGUGUAGUACUGCUGUGCCCAUGGGUGGACCUGGAUUUGCAGGACACUGAGACGGUUAGGGCCAACUCAAGGUACGACUAUCUUUGUCCGCACAGGUUAGAGAUGCCCACGACACCGGCCCGUCUUUUCUACAAGCCAGGUCACCGCGCCAAUAGUGCGUAUAUUGAGGAGUUACAUGAUCCGUAUGUAUCUCCGAUAUAUGCCGACUUUACCGGCUUCCCACCCACGCUGAUUCAGUCUGGAGAGCGCGAAGUAAUCAUCGAAGGGAUCCGAACUCUCUACCAGAGAAUGAAGGAGGCCAGUAGUGAGGAUGCAAAUAUUUUGUAUGAAGAGUAUGCAGACAUGGUGCAUGUCUAUAAGGCAUUGGCGUCAAUCGUGCGGUUUAUCACCUCGCUCUAGCAUAUAUGCAUCGGGCCACUAGCAAAUGUUGGCAGGGUGUUAAUAUUACUUGAAUAAACUUAAGUAGACGUAUGGAG